CGAGCAAGUUAAUUGGCCAGUCAGAGGCUGAAGAGAUUAAAUUUACUGCUGAAACAGGGGUUUUUUUUAUAUGAAUGCUCCGAAACAUCACUGUAUAGCAUUUACUCGUUAACGAAUAUUAUUUUAUUAGAAACAUACGACAUUUCCUUCAAGGAAAAAAAAAAAAAAAGGGUAAGAAAGAAGACAGAGUCGGACGACACCAUAGCGACUUAACAAUGAUAAAGGGACCAGAUUAAGUUGGCCAUGCAACGUACGUACUGCCCACUUUAAUGUGCUCCUCCAAUGAUCCCUCCACCUAUACCAGCACCACCACCUUCUCCAAAACCUCCUCCAAACCCUCCGCCACCUCCACCGCCUCCUCCAAAUCCUCCUCCGAUCCCGCCUCCUUUCCCAAAGCCGCCACCAAUCCCGCCACCCUUGCCAAAGCCUCCGCCGACCCCGCCGCCACCGCCACCGCCGAAACCUCCUCCACCACCGCCUCCUCCUCCUCCGCCUAUUCCCCCACCCUUGCCGAAUCCCCCACCAAAACCAAUUCCACCGCCCUCACCUCCUCCAAGUCCACCACCUGCACCACCUCCUGCGCCACCGCCAGCACCACCGCCAAGUCCACCACCCUUUCCAAUCCCACCACCGAGCCCACCACCUUUACCAAACCCACCCCCGGCACCACCGCCAAGUCCACCACCUUUUCCGAUUCCACCGCCUAUCCCACCCCCUUUUCCAAAACCACCCCCGGCACCACCGCCCUUCCCGAUUCCGCCACCUUUUCCAAAACCACCACCAGCACCUCCCCCCUUUCCGAUUCCGCCACCUAUUCCACCACCUUUUCCAAAUCCACCACCCGCACCUCCACCGGCACCACCGCCAAGACCACCACCCUUUCCAAUCCCUCCACCUAAACCACCACCUUUUCCAAACCCACCACCUGCACCUCCGCCGGCACCUCCGCCAACUCCCCCUCCCGCACCUCCACCAGCACCGCCGCCGCCACCAAACCCACCGCCUUCUCCACCGCCAAGCCCACCACCCUUGCCAAAUCCACCACCUAGACCUCCUCCCUUACCGAUCCCAAACUUCACCCCCUUUUUCUUCCAAAAAAACUUCUCCUCUCCAUCACCACUCCCCAAUUCCCUCCCCACUGCACUCACCACCAGGCCACUCAAACAGAGCAGCAGCACCGAGAGCACCGCCCACCCACUCGCCCUACCCAUAUCCUUACGCUUUGGUUUACUUGCUAACCAAUUGCCUCUGCCCGACCCGGAUGGUUCGAGCCCUCCUCUUAUAGGCCGGGGCUCACUAAAUGAACCCAACGGUCCGUGGCUCCCCCCUUGUGGCCGAGGACCAAUCCUCUUAAAGCCCACGCGCUUUACUGGUUGGCCGUGAGAGAAACGAUACAGU